GCGUGUACCGUUGAUUUCAAACAAACGGCCGGGAUCUGUCCUAACUCGACUCUUCUUCCACACUUGUCCCCGUCGCCAGUCGCCACCGCUCCCCGCCCACCUCGAAAUGGAUCCCGCGCCGGCGACCCCUCGCUGGAACCUGGAGCGCCCCUACCUCACCGGACGCUUCCACCAGGAGGCGAAGGUGUACGCGGCGUCGCAGGCGCCCGGAUCCAAGCCUUUCUCUCUCGACUCCUUCAGCCGCGGUGCUGGCGGCGGCGCUGGGAGUGUCCUCGGAUCGUACGCUGUUUCUGUGCAGGAGCUUUUAGUUAUUGAUGAUUUGCUAUCAGCUCUGGUGGGUAUUGAGGGAAGAUACAUUUCGAUUAAGAGAGUACGCGGAAAGGAGGGAUAUGUUGUCUUCCAGAUUGAUUCUUCAAUGGACCUUGCACUCCAGGAGUUGACUCGCCGAAUUUUCCCCUUAUGUGAAGAUUUUGUGCUAGCAAGCCAGUUUGUGGAGUCCAGGUCUCAUUUCAAAAAUGGUUUGGUCAACCAUGCUCUAGCGGCUGCUCUAAGGGCAUUCCUCCUGGAUUAUCAGGCAAUGGUUGCUCAACUGGAGCAUCAAUUCCGUCUUGGAAGGCUCUCUGUUCAAGGAUUAUGGUUCUUUUGUCAGCGGAUGAUGAGUUCAUUGAAUGCACUGGCUGUUCUAAUAGAGAAGGCAAUGUCCAAUAAUACCAGUGGUUCGGCGACACUUAAUCUACUUCAUAGUCAGGCAAAGGCGAUGGCUGGCGAUAGUGCUGUUCGGUCAUUACUGGAGAAGAUGACCGAUUGUGCAAGUGCAGCAUACCUCAGGAUGUUGGAAAGAUGGGUGUAUGAGGGUGUCAUAGAUGACCCUUAUGGUGAAUUCUUCAUUGCUGAAAACAAAUCUCUGCAGAAGGAGAGUCUGACUCAAGAUUAUGAUGCCAAAUAUUGGCAGCAACGGUACAGCCUAAAAGAUGGCAUCCCUAGUUUUCUCAAUAAUGUUGCUGCCACCAUUCUGACAACAGGAAAGUAUCUUAAUGUUAUGAGAGAAUGUGGGCACAAUGUUCAGGUUUCCCUGUCAGAAAACUCUAAGCUGACGAGCUUUGGUUCAAACCACCAAUAUCUUGAGUGCAUCAAAUCUGCUUAUGAUUUUGCAAGUGGUGAGCUCUUGACUCUAAUGAAGGAUAAGUAUGAUCUCAUUGGGAAACUGCGAUCAUUGAAGCGCUAUCUACUUCUUGACCAAGGUGAUUUUUUGGUUCAUUUUAUGGAUAUUGCCCGAGAGGAGCUUACAAAGAAACCAGAAGAUAUAUCCGUUGAAAAACUUCAGUCUCUUGUUGACAUCGCGUUGCGAAGUACAGCAGCUGCUUCCGAUCCAAGUCAUGAAGAUUUGACUUGUUGCGUUGAAAGAAGUUCCCUGCUUAAAAAGCUGACAACCCUGAAAGACUUGGACUGUGCUUACUCUUCAGACAAGCUUGCUGCAGCUGAUGUUGAUCAGCCCAUGACAUUAAACAUAACUGGCUUGGAAACGUUCUGCCUUGGCUACAAGAUUCCAUGGCCACUAUCUCUUGUAAUUUCAAGGAAGGCUUUAACAAAGUAUCAAUUGAUCUUUCGUCUAUUGUUUCACUGCAAACAUGUUAGUCGCCAAUUGUGUCAAGCGUGGCAGAUCCAACAAGGGUUCCGGUCUGUCAAGAUUCUAGGAACACCAAUUCUACGGCCAUCGAUUCUUUGUCGCAGCAUGCUCAAGUUUGUAAACAGCCUUCUACAUUAUCUAACUUUUGAGGUUCUUGAACCAAACUGGCAUUCAAUGCAUGGCCGCCUUCAAACUGCAAGGAGCAUCGAUGAGGUCAUCCAGAUACACGAUUUCUUCCUCCAGAAGUGUCUAAAGGAAUGCUUGCUGUUGUUGCCUGAGCUCCUCAUGAAAGUUGAGAAGCUGAAAGCAUUAUGUCUCCAAUACGCGACUUCCAUCCAGCUCUUGAUACCGUCCAUCGAGGUCGCUGCUCCUGAGAGCAAAUCGAAAUCUGGGUCGUCGAGAGCAAGAGCCAAGAGAUCACAGGACAGAGACGAGCAACUGAAACUAGCAUCCGAGAACGUCGUGAUGUCGCAGUCAAUCCUGAAAUUCGAGUCGGAGUUCAACGCGGAGCUCCAGAGCCUCGCUCCUACGCUGAGCAAGAGCUCACAGGCCGAACCGUACCUGACCCAUCUCGCGCAGUGCAUUCUCGGCGUCGGAAUCGACCAGUGAGCUUCUUCAGGGGUUCCAUGUUCAGAUGGUUGCAAAGUUUGCAUGUGUGGUUGUGUGCGUGUGCGAUUCCGCGGCGUGGCAGUGCGCUUGCUGCCGUCGACGCCGGUGUGCGGUCUUGUGGGUGAGCUGGAAACUUGUAAAACAUACAGAAUUAUGCUUCCACGUGGUGGAUGUAGUCAUGUAGAUGCUUGGUUAGGCUUUAAUUAGCUGGUGCUGUAGGCUGGUGUAACUGUUUGAUUAUACAUACUCUGGUGGUGUGUUUGUGUGCUGCGAUUCAGCAUGCCAGGCUCUGUGCCUCAGGGACUGGCUCGUGUUGUUUGAGACGAGUCGCCGAUGUAGUAAGCCUGCAGCUUCAAGAGCCUGGCUACGACUCAGAGGGUAAGCCUCAUUUUUUUUUUUGAGGAUCAGGGGAAGCCUCAAUUGUGACCUGUGGUUUGUUCCGUC